GAAAACUUAGCGUUGAGUAAAUGCACAAAAAGCAAUACCUUAGACAAUACUACUUUUAAAUAUUAAAGUGAGCUGUUUUCAUGCUGAUUAAAGAUGAAUUUGACUGACGGAAAUGCCACUCACCAGGUGAAAUAUACAGAUAAAAGCCUGAACUUACCGAGGGCUGGAAAAGUGAAACCUGAAGGAGACCGGGUGCAGAGCUGCUUACAAGAAAUCUCUAGACCUCAAACCCCAGAAGUGGUGAGGAAAUUUCGCAUCCCUGAAUCAGGAGUUAUCGGAGUUCACAGAGGGAAGGCAAAUGACCCAGAUGUUGCCAGCUCUCUUGUUCAUGGCAUCAGCACCAAACCAUCCCUCAGUAGUGGAAACUUGAUAAAUCCCCCCAAGAAGACUCUCGUGCAAGAGAAGUUGGAAGAAAUUGCUCAGUCUGUGUAUACUUCAAGAAAAAAAGCUCCACUAGGCCGUUCAUGUGACCAACAUACUGGACUUCCCAGCUGGUAUAAUGAGAAAACCACCUUUGGUGUAAAAACUAUUAAAGGCCUGAGUGUACAUGAAAUUAUCAACCCUCCAAAAACAAGAGAAGAGGUAGAGAAGGAAGCUCAGGAGGGACACAAAGCUUACAUUCGUAGCCACAAUGCCUAUUUUGUUGGUGAGAAAAUUGAUAGAAAGUAUGACUGGAGUCACUACAGUAAGGACAACAGUUUCGGGAUCCAGACACCACAUUUUACUGAUGGCCGUAGUGUUGGCAAAAACCUCCAGUGGCUAGGAGAGACACAGAAGUUCUACAAUCCAAACCCUGUUUGGAAGAGAGCUGAGAACAGUGAAAAAGUGGCACAGCAAACUGGUAAAACCUGGAAUACUAGAAGAAAUCAUGUACAUCUGCCACCUGAUCACACCUUUGGAAUCGUCUUGCCACCAAAUCAAUUUGGUGUUGGGGAAACAAUCCACUCCACAGAGCCAGGACAGUACACGAGAGACCGAGACAGGCAGCGCAGCCUGGUUAAUGCAGUGAGACACCACCUCAAGAAGGUCAACUUCCAAAACUUCCCCUCCUUGCUGACGGCAUUCAAUCAUUAUGACAAGAAAGGAAAGGGAAUGAUCGACAGACAGGACCUGCAGGCAGUGUGUCGUCAGCUCCAGCUGGAUGUGAGUGAAAGGGUUCUGGAUGACCUGAUGGACUGUUGUGAUACAGACAAGGAUGGUCUUAUCAACUUUGUGGAGUUUGCUAACUUUCUCAACUGGAAGGACUUGAUGCCUAUCAACAGGGAAGAGCAGAGCAUUUUGACAAACGACCCCUAUUCCAGCACAGCUUCUGUCAGGAAGCCAUUGUCAGAAUCACCUCAACUUUCCUCCCCUCAGGCCUUGGUUAAACCUGAGGACCUGGAGCCUGUUGAACCAGGCAGCUCACUGAAGACCAUCAGGACCAUGGGCAGACCGGUGACAGUCGCAGACCACUUCGUGACCUCCUCCUCACUCAUAGGGGCUGUCAGUGAUGGGUCAUCAAAUGGCCGUGCCUACGGGAUUCCAACUGUGCGUUCAGACCGUCCAGCUCCUCGCGUCAAAAGAGUCAGUGACACCAAUAACUAUGGUGGUACAGCCAUGGUUGCAGAUCUUCUACAUCCAUCAGUUUACGCUCUCAGAGGUGUUCAUGAGGAGCACUUCUUCUGUCCUCGAUCCAAGAAGGAGAUUGAAGAGAUCUUCAGGAAUAUUGGUGUGAAUCUAUCUGCUGAGACGUUUGAGGAGGCCUGGAAGCUGGCGUCCAUGAAACAACCAAACGGGGAGGUUUGUGUUGAGCUUUUCCGUGAUGUACUCAAGGAAAUAAACGCUAUGUGA